GAGUAGGCACUAAACAAACCAUCAAUCAAAGGACGCGUAAUAAAGUUCUGAAUUAUGAUGUUAUUGAUUGAAUUAAUUAUAAACUAUAUUCUAAUUGACAUUUCGUAAGUUGUAUAUCAAUGUUUUAACAAUAUUUCUUCAGACAAUGAGUACUAUUAGUUUUCGGCAUACUGUGAAUGACAGAGGCGCUGACAAUGGCACUAUUCUUUCUAAUGCGACGGAAAGUGAAUUAUUGGACAAAAUAAAUGACGAAAUAAGACGGGCUGUCACACCUGUGUCGGUUUUUGUUGGACUUGAAGUAUUUCUUGGAUUUUUUGGCAAUUUAUUUGUUCUGUACGUGUUUAAAAAGCGUUACCAUAACUGUAAUUUCCGCUACUUUGUGCUGUGCUUGGCUUUUUUAGACUUUAUCAGCACGCUCACCACGAUGCCUGGAGAGAUUCUCACGCAGCAAUACUGGUACAAGUACCCGUUCCCCAUCAUCUGUAAAGUCAAGUCCUUCUUUAAUAUGUUCACUGUAUCAGGGGAGGCGUUUUGUCUGUGCACAAUUGCCGUCGAUCGCUACCGGAAGGUGUGUGCUCCAUUUGGAUGGCAGAUCAGGCCUCGCCAGGCGCGUAUCUUGUGCGGAAUCAUCUACGUCGCGGCGUUUGCCAUUUCUCUCCCGGUCUCGUUCUUCUGGGGAAUCCACAAGGACGUUAGGAUAUACAGGAACAGAAAUGUCACUGUCACUAUCUGUGAAAAGGAUGCUCAUUAUGUAGACAGUAGACAGCCGUUUGUAUACGCUACAUCAGUGGAGGUCAUUAUUGGGAUAUGUUUGGUGGUCAUGCUCGUUCUUUAUAUACUGGUAGCAAAGAAACUCAUUAUAAGUCGUCCAUUGGCUAAAAGGCGCCAACAAUCAGGCGCCCAUAUGGUCAGCAAGUCACCAGCGUUACAGACAAAAUUCAAACACAAAACUGAGAUCAGCAGUGGAGGAGGUGUUUCCUUUUCUGACGUACUGAUCAGGAAUGGAAUAGCAACCAAAGAGUUGAGUACAACGGAAAUGAGGUCCAUCGAUGACGAAAGUGUCCCAGUUGACGUCAAUGAUGUUUAUAGCACGGACACCGAAACAACGCGUGAGGGUGGAACGUCUGAUGACCUUCACAGGCACCGGUCGCAGCGUCGACGUCGAGAAAUAGCUACCCGUGUUCGCCGGAAAACGUACAUCAUGUUUGUUCUGACAAUCUUAUUCAUUGUCACAACAAUUAUGUAUAUGACAUUAUUAGCGUUUAUAUCAGGAGGGAUCUUAAAGAGUUUAAAUGACUAUGAGAAGGCCGUAUAUUUCUUCUUCUUCAGACUUGUGUUCAUAAACCAUGUUAUCAACCCUUUCUUGUACGGCUGUCUUGAUCCUCAGUUUAAACAAAUAUUAGGAGAUAUGAAAACAUACGUACUUAAAACACUAAGGAACGGUUGAUUAAACUGUGUGCGUGUCAUUUUUUGCCAACGAUAGUCGCGUUCCUCAAAUUAUGUUCAACGGAACUCUAGAUACAAAUGAUUUGCAUGCUACGACCUCCGAUCUAGUGGCAUUUUUUUCGCCAUAUUCGUACUCAGCGCGACUGUAAAACAAGUAUGUUCCAAUAUUUCAAGAAAGUGUGCAAACAAGAAAAAAUGGUAGCCACCCGAAAUAAUGAAACGUCAACCGACAACGUCACAGAGGUAUAGCCCAAUGCAGUGUGUUUUUAUCAACAAAACGUAUGAUUAAGUGCUGAUUUUAAAUUGUUGCAUAUUAUGAUUACAUUUAAAAAAGAAAAACACGUCAUUCCAAAGACAAAGACUUUGUGUAAAUACAUGUCAAUUUAUAUAAGUUCACUUCCAGUAUUUUCUAAAUGCAUUCUUGUGUUUGUCAGAGUGCGAGUUAAUGCGUAAAUAUAUUGUUGUGUUUCCUCCGUAAAGGUAUUGUACCUUUUUAAAUCUGUUUGAAAGUUUGUGUCUGUUUUCUUUUUUUACGGUUUGGAUGAAAACAUAAUCCUUAAUUAUAAAAUCUAUAGAAAAACGAACCUUGUAUUGCGCUCGAUGUCUAUAGUGAUCAUGCCAUUUUGUAUAUGUUUCAUUGUUAAACGCGAGACUCUUUUGUUUUGGAACCAAUUACAAUGGCCUUUUUAAAAAUGAAAUUGUAUAAAUUGUACAACAAAAUUAUAAUUAUUCAAUUAUAUAAUAUAAAAGUAAAAAAUGAGUUUCAAAACCUCUUUUUUCAGUGUUUAUUUAGUACAUAUGGGUAUCUUUAAUAAUAUAAACAAUAAAAUAAUAAUAUAAUAAAAAAUAUUAAUAUCUGUAAUAAUGCUGUGGAUUAAUCUAUAACAAUUCAACUUAAUUGCUAAAAAAAAUUUUAAAGGUAUGAAAAUAAGAAAAUGUUUUUACAAGACCAAAAUUAUCAACACAGCUAAUAUUGCUAACUGUAAUAGGAAGUCCAUAAUGAGUCAGAUUUGUACUUAAAAAAUCAAAGUCAGCACUUUGUAUAAUAGUAGAGCAAUCGCAACUACAAGUUGUUGAAAACAGGCAAACAAGGAAAUUUAAAAAAAAAUCACACUAUUUUCAGCGUUUAAGUAUUGUAUAUAUAUAUAGCCCUAUUUUGAUCUUCCCUUAUUUGUUAAAAUACAGAGCUAGCCUCUCAUAACACGCUCUUAAGAAUUUCAAGUAUUCAACACAUGAGAUUUAGUUGGUUCAGUAAAGAGUGAUCGACCUCUAUGAAAAAUGUGAUCAGAUCUUAGCUGGUUCAGCUAGGAGUGGUUAAAGUCUAUGAGUAUAGUGUUGUUGUUAAAACUAAAAACAUAACAUUUCUAGUUGUUGUUUUUUUUUAAUUUCAUAGAUAUGAGUAGCGAUUGACAUUGGUAAGGAUUUCCUGCGAAUAAUCACUUCUGAGUUACAGCACUAAUACUUUUUUGCAAUUGUAUUCUUGUUAUAAAUAGACAUGCGCUUUAUUUCAAGUUAAAUUAUGUUCUUGUAUUAUUCUUUCAGCUUGAAGGAAAAAGGGGGUAAUACUUGUCUGAAAUAAACAGUUCACUAUAUGUGUGUCUACAUCUGUACAAUAGGCAAACGGUGCACAUGUAAACGAUAAAAGUAAAUAAACUAUUGCACUAUG